AUGCUUACAGCUAAAUAUUACAAUGAUACAUAUCAAAUACCUCAGUCAUGCAUCAAAUCAUUUGACUGAGAGCUUAAUCUGAGAUGCACAGGAAAGGAGAUGUAGCCACUAGGAGAGGAAGCGGAUUGAAGGUAUCUAUUUUAGUAUGAGUGCAACUGGCACGAGAGUAAAGGACUCUGGGAAGUCGCUUAAUGAGAGGACCAUAGAGUGUCGAGAGAAUGGCUACCUUCUCUCUGGCAAGAAGAUUGGGACAGGUGCUUUCUCCAAGGUCUACCUGGGGUACGCUACCCCAAAUAAGAUCAGCAAGAACUACAAGUUGGCCAAUGACCUGAGGAGCAAGAACCACAACAUGGUGGCCAUCAAAAUCAUCUCCAUCAACGAGGCUCCCCCAGAAUACUCUAAGAAGUUUGUGCACAGAGAGAUAUAUGCUCUGAACGCCACGUACAGACACCCAGGGGUGGUCCAGCUGUAUGACAUGUUCCGUUCACUGAAGCGGUUCUAUCUGAUUCUGGAGCUGGCUCUGAGCGGAGACCUUCUAGAACACAUCAACGCCGUGUCCCAUAGCAAGGGCAGUCCGGGCCUCAGUGAAGAGGAGGCUCGCAGGCUAUUCAAACAGAUAGUCAACGCCGUCAUGCACUGCCAUAACAACCACAUAGUACACAGAGACCUGAAAUGUGAAAACAUACUUUUGGAUGAGCAAGGAUUUGUGAAAUUGACUGACUUUGGCUUUGCCAACCACUACACAGACAGGAGUGCUUUGAUGAACACGUUCUGUGGCUCGGUGGCCUACACUGCCCCAGAGAUCCUGCUGUCUCGCAAGUACAACGGAGAACAAGCUGACCUGUGGAGCCUAGGGGUGAUUCUAUAUGCCAUGGUCACAGGGAAGCUGCCCUACCAUGAGAAGCACCCCCGCAAACUGGUCCAACUCAUCAGGAAAGAGCUGCCGUUCCACCAGCCAGUUUCCCUAGGCUGCCAGGACCUGAUUAAGAAGCUGUUACAAUGGCAGCCCCCAGCCCGCCUGCCCCUGGCCCAGGUCAACACACACCAGUGGAUGAUGCCCUCCAUGACCGGCCUGCUCAACAAGCUCCGUGCCACCAAGAGUGACAUCCCCAACAAGAAUAAAGCCCUGGACAAGAAGCUUAAAGAUGAGCCCACUGGAUGUGUAACAAGCCGCUCCUGGCACUUGGGCCCUGGCACCCCCACCCAUCCAUCCUUCAGACACAGCCACACAAGUCUGCCUGAGAGGCCCCACCGGACUGUAGUGGUCCCCCACCACCACUAUCGCCCCGGGGCCAGCAGCGCAGGCUGCCAUCGCCGUGAACCUCCACAGGAGAAGAGAGAGGAGCCGCCCUGCCCCAAGCCCCCCUCGGUCUCCCCCUGUCGGCUCCUUUUGCGACCCACUCAGAUCCAGAGCACCAACUCCAACCGCCUCUUUGUGACCCGGCCCCGCCCGCCCUUCACCCCCAAGCCCUUCCACAACCUACCUAACUUCAGGAAGCCCGGCUCGGCCCAUAAGGACCAGAGGCCCAACGGGCCGCUGCACAGCCUCUCAGGUAAACUGGCUGACAGGAGCAGCUGCCUCAAGCAGCCUGAGGGUUCCUACUCCUGGGUACUAACCUAGGGGGCUGCUAACCAUGGAUUAUGUUACCAUGGACAACUAUGGGCUCAAAUGUGAUUCUACAGAAGCAAAAAAAAAUCAAGCACAGACUCUUUUCUUUAAAA